UUCUUAAUGCUUAUAAGCAAGCUUUUUUCUUGCAGUACAUAACGCUUUUAAAGAUAUUUUCGAAAACUAUAAAUAGCAUAGGCAGUAUUUACAUAAUAACCCCGCCGUUUGUCAAUGUCAGCUGUCUGUCUACUAAACCGACCAUUGAAAAACAAAUUUAAUCUCAGUUUCGAAAGAAAUAUGUUUUUUCUGAUUUGAAAUGUGAUUUAAAAGUGUAUUUAAAAUGGUAGACAACACUCCUGCGAAGGCCUGCAAGGUCAGGUUUGAAGCCGCGACUCUGAAGAAAUUGUUAAAAUUUGGAAUAUUGGUCACUCUUGCAUUUGGCCUAGGCUACAUACAUUACAGAUACGUAUCGACAAUACACGAGAAUGUCACGCAUUUCUCUCAUCUCUCUGAGACUGAGCGGGAGAUGUCGUUCUAUUCAGAGUCAGCGUUCUACUAUUCGUUCUACAAGACGUUGGUGGAGGAGCGUCCGUUUAUUGCCGGAGUCUCGAAGCUGAUGAAUGAUCAGACUGUGGAGUAUCCGGAUGAAGUGAACGCGUUCAACAGAUUUAAUAUACAUCCUGAGGUCCUGAUUGGCUCGCUGUACCGCUACCUAGAACCUUGGCUGAACCACACGCGCCAGUGCCACCUGGUGGCCCGGGGCGAAGGCCUGGAGCCCGUGGAGAGCUGCGUGGGCGUCGGCCAGCCUGUGAUGUUCUAUUUGGAGGGCGUCUGGUGGCUGGCGGGGCUGACUGUCGCCGCGUUGUUUUUGCAUGCCACUGCGCUUAGCGAAACCGUACUAGGCGGCUUGCUAGCCGUCGCUCAGUACUUCGCGAACCACGCGGAAGCGACCAGGGUCCAGUGGGUGCCCAACCAGCGGGAGAACAUGGCGGCGCCGCUGCUGCUGCUGCAGGCCUGGCUGCUCAGCGCGCAGCUGCGGCCCCGGCAGCGCGACACCAACGUCUCGCUGCAGGUGUCCGUCCUCAUCCUGAACUGCCUCUGCCUGCUGUUCUGGCAGUUCACCCAGUUCAUAUUCCUCGUGCAGACGGCCAUCUUCUUCGUGAUGGAGCAGCUCAAGGUCAUCAGCACCAAAACCCUGUGCGUGUUCCUGCACUCCCACUUUUGCGGUCUCCACAUGGCCGUCUUGAUAUUACACGGGAAUGACAUGCUAAAGUCGUCUAUGUAUGCCUCGUUUUUUCUUGUAGUGUCCGCCUAUUGCUUGUUCUUCAGCGGUUUCCGAGUUACAGUUAAAAAUAACGUGGACUUAGUAGUGGAAACGUGUCUAGUGCUACUCAGAACAUGUAUAGUGAUAUGUGCGUCUGUUUAUUUGAAGUUUUUCAUAAGUGAUUUCUUAGGAGUGCAGGAGGAUAAUCAUGUUUGGGACAUUCUGUAUUCGAAAUUGAGUGAUUAUAAGAAUUUUCAUACUUUAUUGUACACAUGUUCGAAGGAGUUCGAUUUUCUGCCGAUGAGUACUGUUAAAAAUCUGACAAAAACAUUACUCGUGCCGUUCGCGUUAACGAGCAUUAUAAAUGUGUGCAAUUUCUGGAUUAAAAACGCUUUCGUGAAACUGAAAGAGAUGGAAGAUAAAAGCGUUAAGAUGGAUAAGGACAGCGAUACCGAAGACAGCGGUAUAGAGAACACGGAAAUCGAAAAAAGAACGCCGGAGUCGAAUGAAAAGGUGCAGUUUGAAUGCGAAGAUGGACUCGUUCGAUUUUUGAAGUUGUUGCGGGUGGACGCCGCCAUUUUUUUCAACGUUUCUCAGCUGGUUGUGUAUGGCGUGAUGGCGGCGCUGGUGAUGAGACUGAAGCUGUUGUUUACGACGCAACUGUGCGUUGUAUCAUCGCUGGUUAUGAAUACCAAGUAUUAUAUUUUACCCAAGCGGUACACGAGGUACGUGCCGCUGUGCUGGGCUCUGUGCGCGCUGCCGCUCGCAUACAUGCUCGCCGCCAACACGGCCGAAGAACUCUCUUAUAUAGACGAGUACAGCAACCUGCCUCUGGAAGAGCUGCUAUCCUUCAUCCGAACCUCGACGAGCGCCCGCGCGGCCUUCGCCGGCACCCUGCCCACGCUGGCGGCCGUGGCGCUGUCCACCAGGCGGGCCAUAGUCGCUCACCCGCACUACGAGCACUCGCCGGCCAGACAACGCGCCUAUUCAGUAUUGAAAGCGUAUGGACGUUUCUCAUCUCACGAGUUGUAUCAGGAGCUGAGUAAGCUCAAAGCUAGCUACCUCAUCGUGGAAGACGUGUAUUGUUACGGUCAGAGCAGCAGCGGCUGCUCGCUGCCGGCGCUGUGGGACGCGGAGGCGCCGUGGCUGGCGGCGCGGCCGCGGCUGUGCGCGCGCCUGCUGUCUGCGCCGGCGCAGCACUUCUACCCGGUGUUCCGCAACCGGCGCUACGCCGUGCUGCGCCUGCACGACGUCAGCGUCAGGUACAUGCCUCGCAGCUUCGACACCUGACGUCCAGCUGACCGACCCACGUCAUAUGUUACUACGAUAACAUAAAUACAUAUAAUGUUGGUGUGAGACGGACUUUUGACACGAGAACAAGUUGUAUUGUGAAAUGUGCUUUAUUUUUUUAACUAGCCGUAAUAAAUAUUAGAUUUUCUUGAUCCCGUUGGAAUGACUAUAUCUACUAGUAUUAUAAAGCUGAAGAGUUUGUUUGUUUGAACGCACUAAUCUCAGGAACUACUGGUUCGAAUUGAAAAAUUUAUUUUUGCGUAGUAUAGACCAUUUAUCGAGGAAGGCUUAUGCCUAAAAUAACUAUUCCACGCGGACGAAGUCGCGGGCACAGCUAGUCUAGAAUAACAUUGAAAGUUUAUGUAGGUAACCUUGACUUGACUUCAUAAUAUAAAUAAAGCUAAGUCGCUUCCCGAGCCUGUCCCUAUGUCUAUAUGUAUGCUUAGAUCUUUAAAACUUCAUCAUCAGGUUUUGAUACAAUGUUCAAAGAUAUGGUUAUUCAAUUCAGAAAGGUUUUGUAUGUAUAAAUGCUUAGCGAUUCCGCAGCGGGUCGUUAGUAAUAACGUCAAAAGUUGAAUAGCUAUGAUGUAACGCUAAUAUUAGAUUUAAUCUGUGGCUCAGACUGAUUGCUUCUUAUAUUCUAAAAAAUUAACAUCUUUGUUCGUUACCUCUCCGCGAGUUUUUUACUUUAUGAAAGGUACCCUAUGUACUUUUUCAGACUCUUAAUAAUCUAUACUAAUAUUAUAAAGCGGAAGAGUUUGUUUGUUUGAACGCGCUAAUCUCAGGAACUACUGGUUCUAAUUGUAAAUUUUUUGAAUUGAAUAGACCAUUUAUCGAGGAAGGCUUUAGGCUAUAUAACAUCACGCUGCAACUAUAAGAAGCGAAGAUAUAAUGGAAAAUGUGAAAAAAACGGGGAAAAUUAUUCAUCCUUGAGGGCUUCAAUGAUGCCCAAAAUAACUAUUCCACGCGGACGAAGUCGCGGGCACGGCUAGUUAUAUAUGUAUGUAUAAGUAUACGUGAUAUUUCAAGAAGAUUAAUUCAGUAGAUAACCAGUGAAGAAGUUUAACAAACAAACAAAUAAACGCAUUUAUACCUAUUGUUAGUUAAUAAAUAAUAACUGUCUGCUUACAAAAUCUCAGUUUCAGUAACAAUUCAGUCAAUAUCUUAAUACAUAUAUAAGAAGAGAGUGAAUGACUGGCUGACAUAUCAAGACAGCUCAAACCGCUGGGUCUAGAAUUGCUACAUUUGAAAUUUAGAGUGUAUUUAUGGUAUCUAGGCCCCCCUUAAUAUUAAUAUAAUAUUAAUACAUACAUAUGGUCACGUCUAUAUCCCUUGCGGGGUAGACAGAGCCAACAGUCUUGAAAAGACUGAAUGGCCACGUUCAGCUAUUUGGCUUUAAGAUAGAAUUGAGAUUCAAAUAGUGACAGGUUGCUAGCCCAUCGCCUAAAAAGAAUCCCAAGUUAGUAAGCCUAUCCCUAUAAUUUUAAUGCCCCCCAUUAAGAGAGGAAUUCCCGAAAUUCCCGCGAAAAUGGGAAUUGUAAUGACUUUUCGUUUUACCCGGGCCGCCUCCAGAUUUAUGGAGACUAGUAUACUGUAAAAUAAAAAUAAAUAAGUAAUUAGUUUGUUAGGAUAUGAAAAAAAUGUGGAAACUUAUUUGGUAUAUAAUUAGAUAUGUAUGACAGUGUCCUUUUAUGUUCUUAUUUUUAUUUUACUUAUAACGGCUGUGUUAGUUACAAAAAAAUGUUUAAUUAUAAAUAUAUGAAUACUUUUUACAUUAAAGUAUCCUUAAAUUUUUUGCUAAAUUAAAUGAUUUCGUUCUAUCAAACAAUUUCAUUUAGACAAACCUCACGGAAUGAGCUAGCUCAUAAGUUCGAGAGUUGUGUUGACUUGGAUUACAUUUUCUUAUAAUAACUACAUAAAAUACAAAGAUUUUCAUUAGGACCUGACCGGGGUUCGAAUCCGGGAUCUGAGUCACAGAGGCAGGAACCACCACUGCGCUCGAAGGCCGUCAAAAUCGAUAAAGGUGAAAUAGCUUAUUCCCUUAAUCACCUUCCACAGCCAUGUAAAGGAAAUAAAGUGUUACUUAUUUAAAGUGCUGGGAACCACACGGCAUAUUAUGUAUAUAAAUACCUACUUUUUGUAAGAAUUAGUUCAAUAAAUGUUUAUAUUCUGA